GAUCAAAUUAGUUGUUCAAACACAAUGGCGGAACUCAUCCUGUCCGUGGUUGCUGAACCUCUUUUGUCAGCUGCUUUUGAUUGGAUGCUCCAGAAGUUAGGUGGUUUCAUUUCCAGCAAUUCUCAGGGAUUACAGGAAGAGGUCCUUGAUGAUUUGAAAAAUUGGAGGACCUUGCUACCGCAAAUCUGUGGUUUGCUCAGAGAUGCAGAAGAGAAGGAACUCUCUGACAAUAUCGUGAAGAUCUGGCUUGAUGAUCUAAAGGACUUGGCUUAUGAUAUGGAGGACAUUUUUGAGGAAUUAAAGGCUGAUAUUGAUGUUCAGAGGAGAAACUUGAUAGCAAAACCUCAACAAGCCAGCAGCAGCAAAUUUAUCCCAACUACAUGCUUCUCUUGUUUCAAAGGCAAUGAUUUCAAGUUUGAUUCCGAAAUUAUUUCUAAGGUGAAGGAUAUUUCUAACAGGUUGAAAGGCAUGGUAGACACAUCCACUGCACUAGGACUAGUGAGUUUAAAAGUGCAAGUUGGAGAACGGCCCAAUAGAGGAGAUGCAGUAAGGCUCACCACUUCUCUGUCUGAUUCUCAUGUUUUUGGUCGAGAGAGUGACAAAUUAGAAGUUCUUCGGCAGUUGUUCAAUGAUGAAGGGAGUGAUAAAGGAUAUUCUGUAAUUCCCGUUGUUGGAAUGGGAGGUGUUGGAAAAACAACAUUGGCUCGACUUGUUUACAAUGAGGUGAAGGAGGGAUGCUUUGAACCUAAAGUCUGGGUUUGUGUGUCCAAUCAAUUCGAUAUUUUGAGCAUAACAAGAACAAUUUUAGAGGCAGUAUCUAAUGACCAGCGUGAUUUGAAGGAUCUUAAUCUGCUUCAAGAAGAAUUGAAGGAAAAAUUAUCUUCUAAGAAGUUUCUCCUUGUUUUGGAUGACGUUUGGAAUGACGUCCACCAAGAAUGGGAGACCCUGCAAAAACCUUUCAAAUCAGGAUUAGCUGGAAGCAAAAUAAUAGUCACAACUCGUAAUGAGCGUGUUGCAGUAAUCAUGGGUGGGAAAGACAAGAUUCACCAGCUAAAAGAAUUAGAAUUUGAACAAUGCUUGCCAAUUUUAGCUCGGCAUGCCUUAGGAGAAGAAAACUUUGAUGCACAUCCAAGUUUGAAAGAAGUUGGAGAAGAAAUUGUUAAAAGGUGCAACGGAUUGCCAUUGGUUGCCAAAGUCCUAGGGGGUCUCUUAUGUGGUAAGCCUGAAGUUGAAGAUUGGAGAUACAUAUUAAACAAUAAAAUGUUGAAUUUGCAAGUGGGCAAAAACAGGAUUUUGCCACCCUUGAUGCUGAGCUACCAUGAUCUUCCUUCUUAUUUGAAGCAAUGUUUUGCAUGUUGUGCUUUGUUUCCUAAGGACUACCCAUUUAAGGAGGAUGAGUUAGUUAUGUUGUGGAUGGCAGAGGGACUCUUGCAGCAACAACCCGGAGAGCAAAAUAGAUUGGAAGAAAUUGGGCAUCAAUAUUUCCAACAUGCUCCAGCCUAGAUGUUUUGUUGAAGGAUAAUAAGAAACUUGAAGUGCAAUUUGAGAAGGAGAUGUUACAACUGAGGUUCUUGUUUAGACGCUAAAUGGACUUGGAGUAAAACCCAAUGUGGAUCUUGAGAAACUCAUGUCUGCUGCCUGCUGGAGAUUUUAUCUGUGAGCAUUUGGGAAGGACAUCAAGUUCAAUAAGGAACCCAAGUCUUGUAGUCUCAGUACUUCUUAUCACUGACUUGAAUUAUGCUCUUGAUCAAAUAUAUCCUCUGUAUCUAUAAUGGUAGAUGAGAAAGUCAAUUGACUUGUUUCAGGGUGCAACUUUGACACAAAUAACAAGUUUUUGUGGGU